UAUCCAUCAAAUCUCCUUACCACAAUUCAUUUUUCUCACUUUACCCAUUCAACACAAAAAGAAAAAAAAAAAUCAAGAAAAUAAGCCAAAAAAAAGAAAAUGGGGAAUAGUUUGGGAGGAAGUAAGAGUGCAAAAGUAAUGAAGAUGAAUGGUGAGAGUUUCAAGUUAAAGACUCCUAUUCGGGUCGGGUCGGUGGUGGAGGGCUACCCGGGCCACGUCUUGCUGGAAUCGGAGGCGGUGAAGCAUUACGGCGUGAGAGCCAAGCCGUUGGAGCCGCAGCAGCAGCUGAAGCCGAAGCGCCUCUAUUUCCUGGUUGAGCUGCCGAAAUUCCCCGAGGAAAAGGGCGCGGGCGCGGGCGCGAGGAGGGUAAGAUCGGGAAUUCACAUGGGCGCGAAAGACCGGCUGGAGAGCCUGAUGCUGGCGCGCCGGUCGGCUUCGGAUUUGUCCAUCAUGAAGCCGCCGAGCAUAGACAAAAGUGGAGUGAGGGUGAGGAUGAGACUGCCGAGGGCGGAGGUGGAGAGACUAAUGGCGGAGAGCAGAGAUGGCGGUGAGGUGGCAGAGAAGAUUGUCGGCUUAUGCAUGGCCGAAGAGAAGAAUGUGCAUUUGAAUGGAGAUCGCAUUAAAUCUCGCGAGAAGCGUGUUGGAUUCUUACCCAUUGAUGAAGGAGAGAUCCACCAGAUUGUUACGGCGUCAUAACAUUUUAUUUUGCCAAAUAUGUAUAAAUCGUUAGUCUAUUUAUUUAUGAUUUAUAUCUCCGAAUUCCCAGUACUACCAGUUUUCAGCAACAAAAUACAAGAAAUAUGAUCCUAUUUGUAAAGGUUUUAGAUGCUGAAAAUAAUGUUUAGUACAAGUGAAUUAUAUGAGAGAUUAGAUUUUCAGAUUA